AUGACUAUCCCAACACAUCCCCAAUUGGGGUGGAUUGGCAAGUGGCUCGGAAACAUGGGUAGUGCCAUGGCGUCAAAUCUCCAGAAUUAUCUUCACGCACAGGGACAACUGCCAUUGCGGUUCUGGAAUCGCACUGCCUGCAAAGGCGAAGCUCUAACAAGUCUUGGUGGGGUAUAUUGUGACUCCAUCGCGGAUGUGGUCAGGGACAGUGCGAUCAUCUUCAUCUCGACUAGCAACGAUGAAGCACUACAGACCAUCAUUACACAAAUCAUCUCCGCUGGAAAUCUGACUGACAAGAUCAUUGUGGAUACAACGACUGUCCAUCCAGAUACAAGCAAGGCUGUUUCAGCCAAGUUGACACAGGAAAAUGCCUUUCUGGUGUCGGGUCCUGUAUUUGGCUCUGCCCCAAUGGCCGCAGAGCGAAAGAUCCUGAUGGUGGCUGCCGGUUCUCAUUGCCCGAUACACCGAAUAUCCCCCUACAUCAAAGAUGUGAUUGCGCGUGAUAUGCUGGAGGUAGGAGACCGGCCGGAAAAGGCAUCCCUGCUGAAAAUAAUUGGGAACUUCCUUGUAUCCGGUCUGACGGAGAUCAUCGGUGAAGCUCAAGUCCUUGCAGAAAAGAGCGACCUGGGUACUGAGGUAGUCGAGAAGCUGUUAGAAGCCCAGUUUGGACCUCUGCCGACCAUGAUUUCCAAGCGGUUGACCCAGGGCGUAUAUAUGCCGCCCAAGGGCACAUCUCCGUGGUCGAAUCUAGAUCUGGCUCUAAAAGAUGUUGACCACGCCAUUGAAUGUGGCGCUGCGGUAGGGACUCGACUGCCAGUCGGCGAAGUCGUUCUGGACCAUCUCAAACGGGCCAAGGUCUUUUCCCAGGAGCAGGAUCGGCAGAUGGACUCUGCGGCUUCGUACGGUAUCAUUAGAUGCGACGCGGGCCUAGAAUUCGAGAACGAGUUUGUGAAAAAGAGGGAUGCAUAG